AUGCCCCGCCCACUUGCCAAAGUCAGCCCUAGAAAGCGCGCCGGGUAUGGGCUAGCGAGGUUCAAACUUACUCCCUUGGUCGACGUGGCAGCACCAUCUGGUGACUACGCACAGAAAACAUCCAAACGGCGCGAGCCAUUAUCAUCUCCCACCCGAACGGCGACCACUUCACCUCGUAAAUCGGUAUCACCGCAUAAACGUGAAUCAAGAUACACGCUUCAGAACGAUCGCUGGAUUCUCGUGGCCAUUCCUCAAGCUAUACCCCAGUACCUGAAGCUUCUGCGCGUCACCGACAACUUGAGAAAUUGUUCGAACUUGGAGGCCAAAUGCGACUGUAUGCCGACUGUCCAUCGUCUCCGAGUUGUUUGCGUGUUCCAGGACAGUAUCAGGGAGAUCAACAUAUGCUCCUGCUCUCCUGUUACACUCCUUGUCCAGCUGGGACUCUUCCCCUCGGCACCGGUCCGCCCCUCGUUCGCAGUCGAUAUCCGAAUGCUGAGGUUCAUACAAGAACUUUACGCGCGCUCUCCCCUCAACCUUUCAGCGUGGUCGGGUGCUCUGGAAGCCAUGCUCAAAGUCCAAGGGUUUAACUUCCAAGGUCAAGACGUAAUUCGGCGCAAGAUGGCCAUGGCGAUGAAGUGGUUCGGGUUCAUGGUGGCGCAGAAAGAAGUUGUUGUGAAGACCUUUCUGCUAGAGGAAGGUCGUUGGCAGCAGGAACUGGAAGGCGACGUUAUUCAGAGAUUGCAAUCUGCGGGUGUUGAAGAGAACUUGACGGAUGACGAAGAGGGCUGGGUCGAUGAGGUUGAUGAGGAAAGCGACGACCAGCGGGGCGGCCGUACCUUCGUUGAGAAGGAGGCUUUGGACUCACCUAGCCAGUACCUCCAGGAUCGAUGCCCACUAUGUUUUAAUAAGGACCGACUGUGUCGUAAUUUUUCGGUUGAAGCCAUCGUCUGCCUGGACGCUAACUUUACACAGAAGAGGAGAGCUCCUGCCCGGGGAGAAGAUCGAGGACCGCCCUUAACGCACCCGUCGUCAGUAUUCUUGACUCGGGAUGAGGUGAAGACAGCCGAAGCAUACGUGAAUCGUCUCAGACCGCCCAGUGGGAGGGGUGGAAACGACGUAGAGAAAAACGACCGACCUGACCAGCUGGAACCAGGGAUGAAGAUCCCAAAUUCAGUGUUGGACGGAUGCAACCAAUCGUUUGCAGCCGCAGAUGAGAAGCGGAUGAAGGCAAGCACCCGCCUCUUCUCAGAUACUGGGCUGAUGGGCUUGCUAUGCCGCCACGAUAGAGUGCUGUGGUUGGUGAACAUGACCAGCGGCGGUGAACGACAGUACUACGCCAUCGCUUUGCUUCAGAAGCUGUUCGACAACAUCCCGGAGGACAUGACAGUCGGCGUCCUGUACGAUAUCGCCUGCCAGUUGCAUCGUAGCUGUGUCAAAUGGGGGUUUCUGGCCGACUAUCAGGACCGAAUCCAGUGGAGUGUCUCGGUAUUUCACGCGUACGGUCAUCAGUGGCCGUGUCAACUGGUUUACCAUCCACGUAAACGAGAGGGGUUUGGGUUGUCGGACGGGGAAGGGUGUGAACGAUUUUGGGCAGCGAUAAAGAUUUUGAUCCCUGCCUUGCGCGUAUCAGGGUACCACCAACGGCUGUUUGCUAUCGACGCGCAAGUGGCUUACCUGGACGAGAAGUCGCUGGAGGGUGUAGGGGAUUGGUUGCGGAGGAAAUGGGUACAGUGCCAGGCACGCUCGAGGGAAAGCGAGGAGGCGUUGAAGAAAACAAAGCUUACGGGUGCAAUGUUGGAACGCCAGUGGCAAGAGCAGAUACGCGUGCAGACAGCGCCUCUCGCAAACGUGUCGAAGGCGCCAGCAAAGCGAGUCAUCAAAGAAAUCCUUGGUCUGACAACGCUUCGCGACGGAUACAAAGCCGAGCUCGACAAAGUCAAUCGCCAACUGACCGUCCUCAAGGCGACGCCCGACAUGGACAUCGACGACCUGACGGCACUUUCAUUAGAUCUUGCCGCAAAAUUAGCCCAGACCGAAGAUACCAUUGCCAACCACCGCCGACGUCUGGGUGUUGAAGACCAGCAGAACUUGAAAAGACUCGUCAACAGCAAGUUUUUGUCUCUCCGAUUGAAUGCAGCAGCCCUAAAAGAGCGAAUUCAAGCGAAGCUUCGAGCUCGCAAGUUCGAGUUGGAGCGACUCGACAAGGCGGCCCGCAAUCCAGCCUCGAGUGACAACAAGUUGCAGGCGCACAUUCAGGCUCAAGUCGCGAGGCACCAGCCAAAUAUUAUCAAGCUAGUCUCUCGCUAUAACACCAUUUGUUCGGACAUGGAGACUCUGAUCGCCCAGAGAAGGGCUCCCCGAGGUGCCAUUGCGCCACGUCGAAUCGACCGAGACACCCUCUUCUCGCUCGACGUCGACGAUCCCAUUUGGGACACACGUGGCUUGGACGAUGACCAUAGCAACGAUGGUGCGGAGCCUCCGGCGUGGCUUGCUGAUGAAGAUACAAUCUCCGGAAUCCGUGCGUUGCUGAUGUCCCAACGCUGCAGCGAGGAGUCACUUCGCAUUGUGGCAGAAGCCCAACACCUCCAAGCGUGGAGUCAUUCGUCCUGGAAUGCUCUUGUAUCCGGUCUGGGGAAUCAACAGAAUGCUGACCUUCUUUUCGAGUACCAGGGGAGGCAGAAUCGACUUCUCGAUUGCAUUCGUGUGUGGAGUAACGCCCUUGUCGACAUUCCUGGGGUAGCCGAAGGUGGUUGGGGUCCCACAGAGAGCGAACUUCGUAACCGGGCACUUGCACGAGCAUCAACCGAAAUCUCAUUCCUCUCCAGUACGUCAGCAGGCAGCUCACAGUGGUUAGACAGCGAUUACGACGAUGGUGAUGAUGAUUGGGAGAUUAGGAGUGAGGGUGAGGGAGAUCUCUUGGAGGUUGUGGAUGAGGUGUAUUCAGGUGAACUGUACUUGGGUGAGGAUAAGGAUCCGGAGCAGGAGAUCUUUGGUGUUGGGUAUGAGGGUGGCCCUUCUGCUACUAUUACAGGCUCACCCCGCAAAAGAGCACGGCCGUUAGAGGAUGAUCUUUAA